AGAAAAAAAGGACGUUCAGGGGUUUGAACUUUGGACCUUAUACAGAAGGCGCGUCGGGUCACGGACAAUGUCACAGUCACGGUGUUACGCGACGCGACGUGAUGCUCACUGAUUGUUGACUGGAAUCUCAGCUGCUACUUCAAGCUUAAGCUUGACGUACAUGUCUACGACUUUAUAUUCCAUCACCGCCGACGUGGACGAUGACAAUGUACCAGCUACCUCUACGAGUGCUUUACACGGUCAACAGCUCUCCUCAAUAUAUCCUCGCCCGGUCCCCGUCUUCUGUGCAGGUUACCCUUUGCCCAUCCCCAUCUGUGGCAAAUGCGCAGUACGCAUUGGCACCUCUUAAAGCAUGCCUCAAUGCUAUCUGUAACUCAAGCCCAGAGCUUCUUUUGGACAAUUCCAGGGACUUUUCCAUUUACGUACUGGACCCAUUGGAGUCGCAGACUAUGCCCGCCCCUGUAAACUUCUCCCAAUCGAACGUGGCACCCGUUUCAAUGCCGCAAGCAGUCCAACCACGAGGGGUGGCCGUAGCACUGGGGCUGAUGUCAUGGGCACUCACAGCGGACGAAUCAGACAGUGUAACAGUUACUGGCACGAUCACAACUCUGGGCACGGGUCUUGAUGCCCUCGAAGUGGUCUUUGCUCUCCGAGAGACUAAACACAUUCAGAAAUCCCACCUCUCUGAUGCCCUGAAAUCUUGGAGCCAACCACCCAAGACAUCACAGCCAAAUAAAUUAAUUGCACCUGCCAAACCCACCAUCUCAGAAACCCCACCCUCGUCACAAGAACCAGUCAAACCUCUCACCAGAUCCGCUGAUUUUCCUGAGGUGUAUAUCGGACCUCCGAGGCGUGCGCGGGGCCGCCCUGAGGGGCCCAACAAGAAAGCAAAGCAGACGAAGUCACGAAAACCUCCUGUGAGGCCGGCAGCACCACCAUUUAUAUGUGCUCCGCUUGUACGGCCACAACAACAACAGCCCGCAGCAUCCCCUGCUCCUGCGACUGCUCCUUUACUUACAUUACUGUCUGCGCUGUCCGGAGGGAGAGACAACACGGCUCUUCUGGCUGCUCUUUCCACGGUGGAUUCGACACCACCAGGGUCAGAGCCAAGCCCAGCGCUACUCAACGCCCUGAGGGAUUUGCUGGCAGCCCAAAGUCAGACUCAGCAGCCUUCACACGCACUGCAGCCUGUAUCCCGGAAUAGUCAAGAUGAUGAUAUUGUUAUAUUGGAAAAGGAACACAUUGAUCCGACCGCAUUCCGACGACGUAUCGAAAGGGAAGACUCAAGCAAAUCUGCCCCCACCACUGCAGAUGAGUCAGAAAUGACCCCUCAGCGCCAGCGUCGGGCCCGUAUUCCAUCGGGCGGAAAAGAGAAUACAUAUUCGUCCCCCGUGACCCGCAAGCGCAGGCUCAGUGACUUCAUGGCAGAACAAGAAAAAGACGAAGCACGGAGGAGACGCACACACUCUCGGUCAGAAUCCGGGCGAACAGAAGUACCUCAACCAGCGGUUCCUCCAGGUUAUCUCCGCUCCGUUCGCUUAGAUUUUGACCCGAGUUUACCAUCUUCGAUGUUUCGCUCUGCAUCUCAAUCCCAAGCCUCCUUCGCCAUACCACCACAGGCGCAGGAACCUGUAAAGCCCGUCAAGAAUUUCGUUGUGCCAGAGUGGGCGCGUACGAGCACCGCUACCCAGCCCAAGCUCUCGAAGGAGGUCGAAGAACGCAUUGCACUCGUGGAGCAGGAGAAGAAGCAAAAACGUGCUGCACGGCGAAUGCAGAAACCAGGAUCUUGGCAACAAGGCGUCAGAACAACGACUGAAUUGUUUUCGGAGGAGGGAAACAUUUCGAGUGCAAUGGUACAUGAACCUAUCAAAGAGACGACCAUGCCGCGUCCGCAGAGUGCUCUUUCGCUCUCCUUGCCUGUAUUUGCAUCCGACACUAUAUCAUCUCCCCUCUCGCCUUCCUCCCCUGUGUCUGAGACACCUCCGAUGCCCAGUACACCUCCACGGAAGACAUCAGUCUUGCGUGCCACACCACGAAGCCUUGAACCUGAUGGUACCUCUCCACUGUUCAGCCCGACACCCAAGUCGCUCUGGGGGAGCACUAGAAAGACACCGCUCUUUUCCCCCCAGCCCCGCACACCUUCCCGCAAGGGCAAGAAGCCUGUCUUCUCUCCCAUCUACUUCCGUACACCAUCCACGACAACAUCUCCUUUGCUACUCGGACUCAAAUCGCGCUCAUCCCUUGAAUGGACCAACAAGUCUGUCGAGCAACCUGUCGACCGCGAAGAAGAAGACCUGCUUGACAAAGAAUUGGACGAGGCGCUUCAAGGGAUGGAAGUCCCAGAGGUCAAGCAGCAGGACACGGCGGACGGACCCGAAGCCGACGACAGCACAGUGUUACCUCCAUCUCCUCUUCCUCCCUCUUCUCCGCUCCCGCCUACAAGUCCAUUCCUACUUCCCUCGACUGACGAUGUAAUGGAAGAAUUCAUGGACAGCGACGCGUUCUUCAGCGAUUCGGAUGGGGCAUUAGGGGACGCGAGCGAGCUUCCGCCGUCCUCGAUGUCGGAUUGGUUUUCUUCGGAUGAUGAUGGUGGAGGGGACAUGGAUGGAAUGCUGAUCUUGGAUGAGUCUUCUGGUCUGGAACUUGCAGAUGCUUUUGCACCGAAUGCGUUUGCUGAUAUGGACUUUACGGAGUUUUGGGAGUCGCUCAAGCCUCUCCUUCAGGCAAGCGAAAACGGGGAGGGGGAUACGACUGUCAGCAUGGAAUCAGGAGCUAGCGUGGAGGGUGUCGAUGUAGACCAUGCAAAGCUUGCUCAGGAGGUACAGGUACUUUUUAGUGGGUGCCUAAUGUGAAGUGAUGUAUGUUAUGGACGCAUACUAAGUACUUAGUGGUACGAACAUAGCAUAAUGCGAUAAAUAUCGGGGAAUUUAAUCAGGUCGAAG